CUCCCUAGCCCCUCUGCUUUCCACCAUGGAUCAGGAUUAUGAGAGGCGUCUCCUACGCCAAAUCAACAUACAGAAUGAAAACACAAUGCCUUGCGUAGCAGAGAUGAGAAGAACCCUGACGCCUUCCAAUUCUCCAAUGUCUUCUCCUAGUAAGCAUGGUGACAGAUUCAUUCCCUCAAGAGCUGGGGCUAACUGGAGCAUCAACUUCCACAGAAUAAAUGAAAACGAAAAAUCACCAAGUCAAAACAGAAAAGCAAAGGAUGCUACAUCAGACAAUGGCAAAGAUGGCCUUGCUUACUCUGCCUUGCUGAAGAAUGAACUCUUAGGAGCAGGAAUCGAGAAAGUGCAAGACCCACAGACGGAAGACAGGAGGCUGCAGCCAUCCACCCCAGAGAAGAAGUCUCUCUUCACUUACUCGCUCAGCACAAAACGCUCUAGUCCAGAUGAUGGCAAUGAGGUCUCACCGUAUUCCCUGUCUCCUGUCAGCAACAAAAGUCAGAAGCUGCUAAGAUCACCUCGAAAACCAACUCGGAAAAUCUCAAAGAUUCCUUUCAAAGUGCUGGAUGCCCCAGAGCUGCAGGACGAUUUCUACCUGAACCUGGUGGACUGGUCCUCUCUUAACGUCCUCAGUGUUGGCCUUGGGACUUGUGUUUACCUGUGGAGUGCUUGUACUAGCCAGGUAACCCGGCUGUGUGAUCUCUCUGUGGAAGGAGACUCUGUAACAUCUGUGGGCUGGUCAGAACGGGGUAACUUGGUAGCCGUUGGCACUCACAAGGGCUUUGUACAGAUCUGGGAUGCAGCUGCAGGAAAAAAGCUCUCCAUGCUAGAGGGGCACACAGCCAGAGUUGGUGCCUUGGCAUGGAACGCGGACCAGCUGUCUUCUGGGAGUCGAGACAGAAUGAUCCUUCAGAGGGACAUCCGCACCCCACCCCUACAGUCCGAGCGGCGGCUCCAGGGCCACAGGCAGGAGGUCUGUGGGCUCAAAUGGUCUACAGACCACCAGCUCCUGGCCUCUGGAGGAAAUGAUAAUAAGCUCCUUGUCUGGAAUCACUCCAGCCUGAGUCCUGUCCAACAAUACACAGAGCAUCUUGCAGCAGUAAAAGCUAUCGCCUGGUCUCCACACCAGCACGGACUCCUUGCUUCCGGCGGUGGGACAGCUGACCGCUGCAUACGCUUCUGGAACACGCUCACUGGGCAGCCUUUGCAGUGCAUUGACACUGGGUCGCAAGUGUGUAACCUGGCCUGGUCAAAACACGCCAACGAGCUAGUGAGUACCCACGGAUACUCGCAGAACCAGAUCCUCGUCUGGAAAUACCCCUCAUUAACUCAAGUAGCAAAGCUAACAGGGCACUCGUACCGAGUCUUAUAUCUGGCAAUGUCCCCUGAUGGUGAGGCCAUAGUUACAGGAGCUGGAGAUGAAACCUUGCGCUUCUGGAAUGUCUUCAGUAAAACUCGCUCGACAAAGGAGUCUGUAUCUGUUCUCAACCUCUUCACCAGGAUACGAUAA